AUCCAGGCAGCGCUGCACGGAGGGAAGCGGCGCUCCCGGGGUUCAGCGCUCGGUCCCGGGGCGAACCGGAGCCGCACGCGGCUUCUCCGGCGCUGCCCAGUGCCCCCCCGGUUCCCGGUGCCGGCCCCGCCAUGCCCUCCUACCCGCAGCGGACCCUGACGGUGCUCCUGCUCUUCGGCACGCUGUCCGCCGCCAUGGCCCUGCUCGCCUCCAGCCUCAUCUUCCAGCUGCCGGCGGGGCGGACCUCUCCCGGGAGCGGUCCCGGUGCCGUUCGAGGAGCGCUGCCGGAGUCCGCGGCCGCCGUUUUGCUGCCGGUGUCGGCCGUGCUGGCCGCGCUCUGCCUCGUGCUCAACGUGAGCUGCCUCCUCCUCUGCCUCCUCCACGGCUACUUCAGCACAGAGCUGUGCCGGGGGCAGCCCGGGCCCGAGCGGGCAGACUGGUUCCUCCUGGACAGCCGGACAGUUCGCCAUGCGGCCAUCGGCUUGUUCUGCUGCGGGGUCUCAGUCUACCUGACAGCUCUUGCCAUCUACAUGCUGCUGCUGUUUGAACUCGAGGCUGGCAUUGCCAGUGCCUGCAUCCUCUCCUCUGGCAUCAUCGUGCUGUUGGUGACGGUGACGCACGCCCUGCUCCGCGCCUCCCAGCUGUCACGCCGCAGCCGCUCCGAGAUCUCUCACACUCUGUAUGAAAACGACUCUGCCCAGCACAGUGAAACUCCUGGCAGCAACCUGAACAACAAGAGCACUGCUGUGCCCCGGCCCCGGCCUGAGAUCCACAGGGAGUUCUCCUUCCCUCCAUUCCUGGAGCACAAAUCCCAGCUGGGCUCCCCGGCCAGCAGCAAUCUCACCUCCUCGGGCAGCCCUGGGGCACACUCUGAGAAGGAGAGCUACCACCUGCCCCGCACGCACAGGACGCUGUCAGCAGAGUCAGCCUUGCUGCAGGCACAGGGCAAGCCCUGGAACGGUGUCACCCAUGAGAUGAGGAACGUGUUGGCACGCAAACCUGGAGCCUCGGGCAAGGACUCGACCCUGGUGUGAGUGGAAUGUCCAUCUCAUCACAGCAGAACUGCAGGCACCACAGCCAAGAUCUGCAUCUCUGUUUAGAGCUUAAUAUAGGUCACGUCACAGCCCAAGUGUCAAUGGUCCCUCGUGAGAUCAGGAUGGCUGAUUUUCCACCCUCUGCCCUCCUGCUCGGAGGAUGCUGCAUGGGCCUGGGCAGCCGCAGCCACAGGUUUUCUUUGCUGAGAAGACCAGGCUCCCAGCCACUUCUGCAGUGCUGCUGGCACUUGUCUCCCUGCAAACAAGGACAGCAGUGGCAGGGCAAAGACUCGUGCAGGACUGUCCCAUCUCUGCAGGGCGCUGAGCAGCAGCAAAGAAAGUGGCACAUGUGUGAGGAGUCAGAGGACUUUGUCCAGGAGCAGACCUACCCUCCUUUCCCAGCAAUCCCAGCUAGUUUCUCUGGCUGGCCAUGCCCCCUCCCCUUCCAUUGCCUUCCUUCAUCCUCCUCUAUUCCCUCAGUCACCGGCACCUCAAACCUCUGGGCAGGACGCGGGAGCUGCCCAUCCUGUGCUCUGUGGGAAAACCUUGCUGAGGAUUACCUGGAUGUCACCUUAAGAACAGUGCCAAUUGUCAAUGCUGAGACCUGAGGUGCAGGAAAGGUUGUGUUGGCAGUCCUCUGCUGUCUGCAGGACAGAAUACACAAGUGCAAACUGCUGCUUCUGUUAAAAAUGAGUGGGUUUAGCUCACAGAUACUGAAGCUACAUGCUUGGAUCUUACCCACAUCCUCAUCAUCCAGCAAUCUGUAAAGCAUUUUGGGGAGUGAAGGAACACCACUGAUCCAGAUCCCCCCUCACUUUCCAUGUUAUUAUCCUUAGAGACACCUGUUACCCUGAGCACAACACAGAGUGCCUUUUUGGAAACCAAGUCUAGCACUGUUUUGAUCCCUGUAUCCUUGGUAAAUUCUUCAGCAGAACAGAACUGUUGGUUCCAAGAGAGAUUAACGCUUCAUGACACAGAAUGAAGAAAGUCCUUUUUUUUUCCUAAAAAACGGGACAGUUUCCUUCUCACUUGAAAGGCUCCAACUCCAACAACGUCUUUGUUUUCCUCCAUGCCCUUUGAAAUACGCAGAGCCAGCAGGCUCCAAGACCCCCCAGCCCGAGCAAGCAAGAGGGGAAGGUCUGAGACAGAACAAACUUGUUUUUCCUUUUUAUUAUUGUUCUCACUAAGACCAAACUCAGCGACUCUUUGGCACACACAUGAAAAGCUCUCCUUGCAGAACACCCCCCGAACAAGGCUGAAGUGUGCCUAAAUUCAGUCUGGACACAGCCAACUACAAAAUACUGAAAUGAAAGUAAGACCUAGUUUUUUCUGAGAGAUUUUUGUGGCCAAAGGUUAGAGAGGAAAAAUGUCUCCUAGUAGUCCGCCAUCAAAAAGAACUGGAAAGGACAAAUGCAGAACCACCCCAUUUCCCUUCCCACUGUGGAAAGGGAUACGACUGCUCCCCAAAGCACCCCCCAUAGGCAGUUCUGAACCCGGUGGCAGGGUUUUCCUGCUCAGAUGCACCACCUUGUUACUGGGAACCGAGGCAGGCACAGGCCUCUGUGCAGCUUCACAGACUUAGCAGGUUUCUUAUUCCUCCACGUGGUCAGAGAACACAGAGCUGGGCCAGAGAAGAAGGCAGAGGACAGCCAGUCUUGUCUGAAAUCAGGAACUACCUGGAGGAUUCUUGGCUUGUGGGGCAACAGCACUGCAAAAAGAAACAGACAGUCACAUCCAGCAGUAGGACAUCAGCAGCCAUGAGAACAUGAAGAACUAGGGGUUCCCUCCUGUAAAACUUCACUGCCUGCAGCAGGAAUGCUGCUUAGACAAGAGCACCUUUCAGUGUUCCAUGCAGACUACGUAGCAGCACACGCCAGCCCCCGUGGGUGUUAAGACAACAGUCUUAAAAGCCACACUACCACAAAAAAAAACCAACAAACUAAAAAUGCACUGUAAGUGCUGGACAGCCCCGUGCUGCAUGGGCAGCUGGGAAAAUAUGGAGCCUAUACCAGAAAUGUCUAAAGCAGAGUCAUUCUGCAGAGACAGAUGCACUUUGUUUGCUGUGGUGGUUUUAUCAGGGCUGGACAUUUAAAACUGUCUGUGUGAGCACAGGUGUCUGGGAGUUUUCUCACUCCUAACCAGUCAGACUCCAAUACCAACACAGUUCUCAGGAGAGACAAAUAAACUGGACUCAGAUGAUCUGCUGGAAGAUGUUUUAGUAGCUAUACUUAAACUGCAAAACACAAGAACACACCAUCUUUGUGCUGUAUCUGCCAGCACCACUAAUCUCUAUGGGACUUUCCUCAGGGAAAGAGCCACAUGCAUGACAGAGAACAGCACUAAAGGCAGCCUCUGACCUUCUCCAUCUCAGUAACAUCAUCGCACUCCAAGUGCCUUUAACACAAAGCUUUAGUGUAUUACAGAACCAAACAUCCCUCUUUCAAUAAGGAAAUAAAUUAUUUUCCACUUA